GCCCCCGGCCCACCGCCACCCGCAGCCGCCGCCGCCGCCUCUGUCUCUCUCUCUCUUUGAUGCGCUCCCUCGUCAUCGCUUCCAGGCCAAUCGCGUCGCCGCUCGCCGAUUUCCUCUCCCGCCUCUCCCUUCCCCUCCGAUCUCGCCUCCCCCGCCCCCGCCCGCAACCGCAGCCGCCCCCGAUCGCCCGGCGAUCCCCGUCCCCUCCGCCGCCAAUGGCCAUCCCGAGGGCGGCCCCGAUGUCGUCCAUGGCCGUCGACAACGAGGUCGGGCUCGCCGGGAAGUUCUGGAUCAAGUGCCGCAGGGAGUCGCUCUUCGCCAUGUACGCUCCCUUCGCUCUCUGCCUGGCCUCCGGGAACCUGAAGAUCGACAGCUUCAGGCAUUACAUCGCGCAGGACGUCUACUUCCUCAACGCCUUCGCUCGAGCUUACGAAUUAGCAGAAGAGUGUACCGACGAUGAUGAAGCAAACGUUGCAAUAUCUAAACUAAGGAAGGAUGUAUUGGAGGAGCUGAGAAUGCACGAUUCAUUUGCGCAGGAGUGGGGAUCGGAGGUUACCAAGGAGAGCACUCCCAACUCUGCAACGGUUAAGUAUACUAAUUUUUUGUUGGCAACAGCCUCAGGGAAGGUUGAAGGAGUCAAGGGUCCUGGAAAACUUGCUACUCCCUUUGAGAGAACAAAAGUGGCAGCUUACACUAUUGGUGCCAUGACACCCUGCAUGAGAUUAUAUGCGUUUCUGGGUAAGGAGUUCCAGACACUCAUAGAUGCCAACAAAGAUAGUCACCCAUACAAAAAGUGGAUUGACAGUUACUCGUCUGAGGGUUUCCAGGCAGCAGCUCUGCAAAUUGAAGACUUGCUGGAUAAACUAAGUGUCUCUUUGACAGGCGAGGAGCUUGACAUCAUUGAAAAUCUUUAUCACCAAGCCAUGAAACUUGAAAUAGAGUUCUUUCUUGCCCAACCACUUGCCCAGCCUACCAUUGUCCCCUUGAUUAGAGAGCCCAGUUUGGCAGCGAAUCGUCUUAUGUUAUUUUCUGAUUUUGAUCUGACUUGCACAGUCGUUGAUUCUUCUGCCAUUUUGGCUGAGAUUGCCAUAGUUACUGCUCUGAGAACUGAUACAAGUCAGUCUGAAAGUCAACUUGUUAGGAUGUCAUCAGCUGAACUGAGGAAGACAUGGGACAUCCUUUCCAGACAGUAUACAGAGGAGUAUGAACAAUGCAUAGAAAGCAUUAUGCCAGCUGAAAAAGCUGAGGCAUUUAAUUAUGAACCUCUGGCUAAAGCACUCGAGCAGCUGUCCGAUUUUGAGAAACGGGCAAAUUCUAGAGUGAUCGAGUCCGGGGUCCUUAAGGGUCUGAAUCUUGAAGACAUAAAGAAAGCUGGUGAGAGGAUGAUUCUUCAGGAUGGUUGCAACAGUUUCUUUAAGAAACUGAUUAAGAAUGAGAUGGUGGAUGUCAAUGUCUAUGUGCUCUCCUACUGUUGGUGUGGCGAUUUAAUCAGAUCAGCUUUUUGUUCAGGGGAUUUACAGCUUCUGAAUGUACAUACAAAUGAGUUGACUUUUGAUGAGUCCUUUUCUACCGGUGAAAUUGUCAAGAAGAUGGAAUCUCCCAUCGACAAGGCCAAAGCAUUUGAUGAAAUUUUGAUGAACAGGGAGGAUGAUAAGAGGAACUUGACCAUCUACAUUGGAGAUUCAAUAGGAGACUUACUUUGCCUCCUUAAGGCUGAUAUUGGAAUUGUGAUUGGGUCAAGUUCAAGCUUACGGAAGGUGGGAAGUCAGUUUGGAGUUUCUUUCGUCGAACUUUACCCUGGGUUAGUCGAGAAGCAGAAAGAGUACAGUGAAGGGAGCUCUGCUGAUUGGAAGGGAUCAUCUGGCAUUCUUUAUACUGUCUCUAGUUGGGCUGAAAUACAUGCAUUUAUUUUGGGAUGGUAGCUGAAAAUUUCCUUUUGCGUAUCCAUAUUCUCUCUUUAGUUAGGACAAGAAAAAGGCAAAAUAGUUUUAUACAUAAUGGAACAGAAAGACAAGAUGGUGGCUAAUUUUAUUUGGAGCCACGGGUCUACCGCUGUUUCCUCUCGAUUUUUUGUUUUCCAACAGGCUCUGUACUUCCAAGCUUCUUGAGUAUGCCAAAUAACACAGAAUUGUCAGAAAUAUUCAUCUUAUGAAGUAUUGCGAUGUAAUUUUGUGGCUGUAUGA